AUGGCAUUAUCACAAGAACAAUUGAAAUCCAUCGAGAACAAUAUUGUUCAAUUAUUAAGAGAACAUGUUGGUCCUAUCAUUAAGGAACAAUCAGGGAAGUACUUAACGGUAUAUGACGAUAAAGCUAAUCAAGUGGAUUUAGUGACUAAAUCUGACAAGAGUAUUGAAUUCAUUAUUAAGGGAAAAUUGAAAGAAUUAUACCCAGAUUUCUUGUUUAUUGGUGAAGAAGAAUAUGUGCCCGGUGAAACCGAGAUCUCCGAUGAACCAACUUUUAUCGUCGACCCAAUUGAUGGUACUACAAACUUCAUUCACGGAUUUCCUUAUAGUUGUUGCUCGAUUGGUCUAGCUGUCGGUGGGAAAUCAGUGAUGGGAGCUAUCUUCAAUCCACAUUUGGAUCAAUUGUUCCAUGCCUCUAAGGGUAAUGGUGCAUAUGUCAACGAUCAAAAGAUUGAUGUAGCAAAGAGACCUCUAACUUUACAAAAAUCUGUUGUUGGUUUAGAAGGUGGUGCCGACAGAGCCGAUUCACCUGGGAGUAACUUCGAUAUCAAGAUGGCUACUUACAAGAAUCUACUGAGUGAUAAAGGUGGAUUCAUCCAUGGCUUCAGAAGUUUAGGAAGUGCUGCGAUGAACGUCUGCUACACUGCCCUUGGUAUAUUUGAUGCUUAUUGGGAAGGUGGCUGCUGGGCAUGGGAUGUCUGUGCAGGGUGGUGUAUCCUGGAGGAAUGUGGAGGUACUAUGAUUGGUGGUAAUAAGGGUGACUGGGAUAUUGGUAUUGAUAGAAGGGUCUAUUUUGCCAUCAGGGGUGGCUGUUCCAAGGAUGAACAGAAACAGUUCGCUCAAGAUUUCUGGAACCAAACCACAGGUGACCUAAAGUAUUAA